ACUAAAGCGGGGCGGAGUUAUCAUCCCCGGCUCCUCCCCCUGAGUGACGGCCUAUGUUAGUGCACCGUCUGGGGUGUCGGGCCAUUAUUGCGGGGAACGCGGUUGAUCGGUCGGAGGUGGUGCAGAGAGCCCGCUGUGGAUCGGAGGAGGGAGUGAUUGCAGCGCGGAGAUAACACAGAGGAUCCAUCGCAGUUAUGGCAGACUACCUAAUUAGUGGAGGCACUGGAUACGUUCCAGAAGAUGGACUCACUGCACAACAGCUUUUCGUAAACUCCGAUGGCCUCACUUACAAUGACUUUUUGAUUCUACCUGGAUUCAUUGACUUUACAGCCGAUGAAGUGGAUCUGACUUCUGCCUUGACUCGUAAAAUAACCUUGAAGACACCGUUAAUCUCCUCCCCUAUGGACACUGUGACCGAAUCGGAUAUGGCCAUUGCAAUGGCGUUAAUGGGAGGUAUAGGUAUUAUUCAUCACAAUUGUACUCCAGAGUUCCAAGCCAAUGAAGUUCGCAAAGUGAAGAAAUUUGAACAAGGUUUUAUUACCGAUCCAGUCGUAAUGAGUCCUUCACAUACUGUGGGUGAUGUUUUUGAAGCUAAAACCAGACACGGGUUUUCUGGCAUGCCAGUGACUGAAACUGGAAAAAUGGGAAGCAAGUUGGUGGGCAUCGUCACCUCCAGAGAUGUUGACUUUUUGACCGAGAAGGACUACACCACUUAUCUGAGCGAGGUAAUGACCAAGCGAGAUGAACUGGUUGUUGCCCCCUCCGGAGUCACUCUUAAAGAAGCUAAUGAAAUCCUGCAGCGUAGUAAGAAAGGAAAACUGCCCAUAGUAAAUGACAGUGAUGAAUUGGUGGCCAUCAUUGCAAGGACAGAUUUGAAGAAGAACCGUGACUACCCACUUGCCUCCAAGGACUGCCGUAAACAGCUGCUGUGUGGUGCAGCUAUUGGGACCAGAGAAGAUGACAAGUAUCGGCUCGAUCUUCUCUCACAAGCUGGUGUCGAUGUUGUAGUACUGGACUCUUCUCAGGGCAAUUCUGUUUAUCAGAUAAACAUGAUCCACUACAUCAAACAGAAGUAUCCUGAUCUGCAAGUUGUAGGAGGAAAUGUUGUAACAGCAGCACAAGCCAAGAAUCUAAUUGAUGCUGGUGUGGAUGCUCUUCGGGUUGGAAUGGGUUGUGGAUCUAUAUGCAUCACUCAGGAAGGUGAGGAAAAUGUAAUGGCUUGUGGCAGACCUCAGGGAACUGCAGUAUACAAAGUUGCAGAGUAUGCGCGCAGGUUUGGUGUCCCUGUUAUAGCAGAUGGAGGGAUUCAAACAGUUGGACACGUGGUGAAAGCUUUGGCUCUAGGGGCCUCUACAGUAAUGAUGGGUUCCUUGCUGGCUGCUACCACGGAAGCACCUGGUGAAUAUUUCUUCUCUGAUGGUGUGAGGCUAAAGAAAUACAGAGGGAUGGGCUCGCUCGAUGCCAUGGAGAAAAAUACCAGUAGUCAGAAGAGAUAUUUCAGUGAAGGGGAUAAAGUAAAAGUGGCCCAAGGAGUUUCUGGUUCCAUUCAAGACAAAGGGUCCAUCCACAAAUUUGCACCAUACCUAAUUGCAGGCAUUCAGCAUGGCUGUCAAGACAUAGGGGCCAAAAGUCUCUCCGUACUACGUUCUAUGAUGUAUUCUGGAGAACUCAAACUGGAAAAGAGAACCAUGUCUGCCCAAGUAGAAGGUGGAGUCCAUGGUCUCCAUUCAUAUACAUUCCUACCAUUUACGAGAAACGACUAUACUGAAACUGGGAGACGUAGCCAUCGCCAGUCUACUCCCAACGUUCCCUCUCUGAUCCCAACCAAACCCACAUGAUGCAUUGAAGAGACCCUCCUCCAUUGUCCCCAGCUCUUCGCCUUUUUCCCUUUCCCUGAAUUAUGCAGGAAAUCCAACUCGGCAAUGUUUACUGACUCGCUGCAUGGGGUGAUAUUUGCACUAAGGACACCAUUCUGUAGGGUGUGUAAGAAAGACUUGAAAGAAUGAAAGACAAAGCUGCUGCCAUGCUGAAAUACUGAUCAUUGUGCUGAAUUGGCAGUACUUAAAAUUACGUUUUGUUACAUUUGCAUCUGUGUGCAAUUACAGUAUGUACAUUGAUAAUUCUCUGGGUGCUUACUUGGAGUGGAUAGAGAUGCAUUGCUGUUGGAUCAAUACAAGAAACAACGAUCAUGUUAGUGUUUCAAUCACCUAAACAUAUCUAAGAAAUCUGAGUAUGACACAUUGAACUGACAAUCUGCAGAUUAUGCUUUCUUCCAUAUAGUGUUCAGGAAACAGGAUUAUAAUGACAGCAGAGGGCCGGUUUUCAAUGAAGGUACCUCAGAUGACUAACAAACUGUGGGUUGUACUUGAGAUGGUAAUAUUGUCAGGCAUCCCUGUUUGGGUUGCAUUAGCUAUUUCUUUCCUUUUGUCGCAAGCUUGGCUUAACUUGGCAGUUUGACUGUAUAUGCAUAUUUGUCAAUUCUAAUAUAUUGGUUUUCAGCCCUGUGGAAGAGGGAUAUAUCUGAGGUCAUAAAUCUAGUAUAGUCUGUGGUCUUAGAUUUUGUCAGCUGGCCCCAUCUUGUGACCAAAGUCUCACUCAUUUAGCUCCAUAUACCAUAAAAUGGCGCCUGUAUUCAUGUGGCUAAAUGGUCUGUAAACAGCUGUGACAUGGCAGAAGAUGAGGAAGCAAGCGCUUUUCUGCUCAUUUAUAGUUCUAGCAGUGAACUGAAAGAAAGCAAGGUGGAAUUCCAGACAAAUUGCAUUUUUGUUUUUUGAAUAAAAUAAAUGCUCGCAUUUGGAUA